AUGAUCGGAUUUUGGCCGGAAUUUGAAGACAAGUACUUCGGAGACAAUAACAGACGAUGUUCUCGAAAAAAAGAGUACGAAACUUAUCAGAUAAAUAAAGUUCAAGUCAACAUUUUUAAUGUCAAGUGCUUGGGAGAUAUCGCAACUAGAAGACAUAGCCUCUUCUCCUGUAUUCGUCACGAUUCACAGCGACAUCUUCAAAAUUUAAAAAUCUAA